AAAAGACCACAAGUCGUGAUUUUCAUCUUUCCUUCUCCACUGCACCAACACCAUCACAUUCAUUCUUUCACCUCACAUUUUCGAAAUUCAUUUCCAUUUUCUCCCCUAUACAAAACAUGUCUUCUUCCUCUUCUCUUCAACUUCAAGCCUCUUCUUCCAAAUCCAACCAUCAUGAUCAUCACCACCAACAACAACAACCACUUAGCAGAUACGAGUCUCAAAAACGUCGAGAUUGGAACACCUUUGGUCAAUACCUCAAGAGUCAAAAUCCACCUGUUCCGCUGUCAAACUGUAGCUUCAACCAUGUUCUUGAUUUUCUCCGUUACCUUGAUCAGUUUGGGAAGACCAAAGUCCACUUGAACGGUUGCAUCUUCUUUGGCCAACCUACCCCACCUGCACCAUGUGCUUGUCCUCUCAAGCAAGCUUGGGGAAGCCUAGAUGCACUCAUCGGACGCCUCCGAGCCGCCUAUGAAGAGAACGGCGGAUCACCGCAGACUAACCCGUUUGCCGGAGGAGCCGUGCGGGUUUUCCUCCGUGAGGUGAAGGAUAGUCAGCAAAAGGCAAGAGGGAUCCCAUAUAAGAAGAAGAAAAAGAAGAAGAAGAGUUACCAAGUAAAGGGGAGUACUAGUAGUACUGCACAAACUCAACAAAGUGCCUAUGUCAACCAACAAGAUUCUUGAGAUAUGAACCAGAACUAUAUAUAAAUAUAAAUGGUAAAUUUUUGUUUGUUUUAUAAGCAAUGAUUUUUAUUAAGAUAUGGAAUUAUUAUAUUGUCAUAUAACAUACUA